AUGGAAGGAAAGAAGAAGAUAUUGUUCUUAUUUGAUGUAGAUGGAACAUUAACACCGUCUCGAGAGAAAAUAACACAGAACGUAAGGGAGAUGCUAGAGUCCAUAAGAAAGAAGGUGUAUAUUGGGUUUGUGGGAGGAUCGGACAUAGAAAAACAGAAAGAGCAGAUGGGAGAGGAUUGUUUAGGGUUCUUUGAUUUUGGAUUUCCAGAGAAUGGUGUUAGCUUCUAUGAGGGAGAGGUUUUAGUAGAACAAGAGAGGUUUAUCAAUGUUAUAGGAGAGGAGAGGUACAAAGAAAUGGUGAAUUUCUCUUUAGAGUAUUUAAGUAAGAUAGACAUUCCAGUAAAGAGAGGUACAUUCAUUGAGUAUAGAAAUUCCAUGGUUAACAUCAGUCCCAUAGGAAGGAGCUGUAGCAGAGAUGAAAGGAAGAGUUUUAAGGAGUAUGAUGUGAAAUAUAGAAUUAGAGAGAGAAUGGUAGAGGAGUUGAAGAGGAGAUUUGACAAGUAUGGCAUUCAUUUUAGCAUAGGUGGUGAAAUAUCAAUAGAUGUAUUUCCUAAAGGGUGGGAUAAGACCUACUGUAUUAGACAUGUUCAUGGUAGGGGAAUCAGGGAAAUCUACUUCUUUGGUGAUAUGACGCACCAAGGAGGGAAUGAUUAUGAGAUAUUUAAGGAUGAGAGAGUUAAAGGAGUGUGUGUUGCUGGACCAGAUGAUACGGUAGAGAAGGUUUAUGAGAAAAUAAAAGAAAUAAAUUGA